AUGGUGAAGGCAGAUCCCAAGACUUCAGUGCCGGUCUUAAUUGUCAAUAUUCGUAGCCAAUUAAGAUACACACCCUCUUACCGCAAUGCUUGGAUAGCUAAGCAAAAGGCAUUGGAAAAGAUGCAUGGUGGGUGGGAUGCUUCAUAUAAUGAAGUGUGGCAGUGGUGUCAGGUGCUGGAGAGAUAUGUCCUAGGUUGCAUAACAGACCUUGAAACAACACCUGCGUACUACAACGAUCGAUUGCUCCGUGGAUGCCAAGUGUUCAAGCGUCUGUUCUGGUGCUUUAAGGAAUGCCGAGAUGCAUUUCUAUACUGCAAGCCGUUGGUACAAAUUGGCGCUGUGGCACAAGAUGGAAAUGAGAGAAUCCUUCCAAUUGCGUUUGCAAUAACACCGGGAGAGUCAGCUGAUGACUGGGAAUUCUUUCUUUCUAGGCUAAGAAGGCAUGUCUGCCCCCAACCUGAUAUCUGCGUUAUAUCGGAUCGGGGCACCAGAAUACUAGCCUCAAUUGAGCGUCAGGGGUAUGAAAUAAAUAAGGACCGUUUUCAUGAGAUGUUGGCGGUUUUGCGUUCAGUUAAUGAAGAAGGCCAUGACUACCUUUGUAACAUACCUUUCGAACAGUGGACACAAGCAUACGACGGCGGCCUACGAUAUGGUCAAAUGACCUCGAACUUGGCUGAAGGCAUAAAUUUUGUUCUAAAAAGAACGCAUCAUUUAUCGAUAACAUCGGUUGUGCGAGAGACGUAUUUUCAUUUAGCAGCACUAUUUUUGAAGCGAGCAGCGAGACUGAACCAAGGUAUUGUUGGCGGGCAAUCUCGUGUACACUUGACAAAUAGGACCUGCGACUGUGGGAGGUUUGACGCACUUCGUUAUCCAUGCGCUCAUGUAAUUGCAGCUUGUCAGAAUCUCCGUCUAGAUCCCAUGAGCUAUGUCGACGAAGUGUACAAAAUAGAAUAUAUGUACAAAGUGUGGAGACACGUAUUCCCACCGGUCUCAGAUGAACGUAUGGCCAUCUGUAUCAUUUGCUCUGUUUAA